AUAUACUCACUUUAAUCAAUAUUUUUUUGUUUAGCAGCUUACACAAACAAGAUACGUAAGGUUAUUUCUCUUGCAGUCAAGUUACCAAGGUACAAUGGGAGAUACACAAGAUGUGAAAGCUAAAGGUCAAUAUAAACAAUGGUCUGAGCCUGAACACAAGUUGUUAUUGCGGCUGCUAGUGGACGCAGUUAAUCAAGGUUUUCGUGAUGCUAAUGGCAAAUUCAACAAACUGACGGUGGAAAGAAGAAUAUUACCAUCUCUAAAUAAACAGCUUGGAACAAAUAAAAGUUACAACGAGUACAAAAAUAGGCUCAAGAACUUGAAAGGUAAGUACAAUAGCUUGAAAGAUUUACUUCGUUUUAGUUCAGGAUUUGGGUGGGAUCCUGAAACGAAGAAGUUCACAGCUACAGAUGAAGUAUGGAAUGGCUUUUUGGAGGCUCAUCCACUUAAAAAAAAUUUACGUGAUGAUACAUUUGAAGAUUUUGAGGACUUCAGAAUUAUAUUUGAAUCUAUUACAGCAAGUGGACAGAAUGCUGUGGGUUUAGGCGAUCCAAUUGAUGGAGGUCCUAAUCAAAUUGGAGACACUGAUGCGAUAAAUGAAUCAAGUCGUGUCCAGAUGGUGAAUGAUCUAGAGGGCAUACCAUACGAUGAAAGAUCAGUCCAUGAAGUUUUCUCUUCACUAGAGAAUAGUAGGUUAGAAAAGCUUCCUCCACGUAAGAAAGCUAGAACUGAUGCAUGUAAUUCAAACAAAGCUUCUGAUGAAGUGGAUACGGUAGAAGAAUUUGGUCAUCAGAUUUUUGGCAUGAUACAGAGAAGAUGGGAAAAGGAAAUUGAAGAAAAGGAAGCUGAUGACAAAGCUAAUAAUGUGUGGGAUGCUAUCAAAGAAAUUCCUGAUUUGACUGACGAUAUGCGUUAUGAAGCUAUGACAUUGAGUUUUAAUGAUGGAUCGUAUUGUACAAGAAAGUGA